AUGUCCAGCCGGGCUACUGAUAACUUCCAACCUCCUGCCUGUUCAACGACAACAAAAACGGUUGAAAGGAACAGGGAUGCGUGGUUUCACGGAGCUCGGAGAACUGCUUCAACUCAGGCACUGCGGAAGGAGCUGAGAGACGAGAGGUGUCGAUUGCAGAACUUCUCCUACAAGCUCAAGGCCACUGAGGAUGAGCUCUUUCGGAAAAAGGCCCAGGUGGAUCCUGGGAAGCUCCGGGUUCCUUCUUUGCCAUUGGACUUCAUGAAGCCGCGUGCGAUUGAGCACUUCAACUUGACGUGUCCCGGAUGG